AUGCAGUUCUCUACCCUCUUCGUCGCCGCUGUUGCCCUUGUCCUCCCGGCCGCUGUCAGCGCCAGCUACUGCCAAGGAACUACCUGCAUUGACAGCAUCCAGAACUUCGAGUGCCCCAAGCAGUGCCCCAAGGACGGCACUUGCGCGCUCAACAAGGCUUGCUAA